AUGAUCCAGGCACCUGAGAACGAAACAAUCGAUGAUUCGUUCGACAGCCACUGCAUCGGGCCUCAAAUAUUCGAGGACAGUUUACUCGCCCAAUACAUCUACGGCUCAUUUUCUCCAUGCAUCUGCAUCAUCACACUCGUCACCAACAUCCUGGUGUGCGUGGUGCUCUGCGAGAAGUCCAUGAGGAGUCCGACGAAUGUACUCCUUGUGGCAAUGGCCAUAUCCGAUACGGUCACUGGUCUGUGGCCGCUACCGAUCUAUCUGGCAUUUUACUCGACCAGCCGGUACAAUGAAUACAUUCCGUAUGAAUGGUGCAACACAUUUUUUUAUUUGACAGACCACUUGCCAACAAUUUUUCAUACGGUGUCCAUCUGGUUGACCGUCUGUUUGGCCGGCCAGCGUUAUCUUUUUGUUUGUCGUCCCACAGUAGCAAAGAGAUUCUGCACAAUCAACAAAACGUUGAAAACAAUUGCCGUUGUGUACCUUCUUUCUCUUGCAUUUCACUCUCUUAGAAUGGCAGAAAUUAUGUACCACCCGAUUGAGCUGAGUUCCAGGGUGGAUGCAGAUGCCAACACAACGGCAUGUUUUGGAACAUUUGCAUCCAUCGUUGCGUUCGAUGUUGUUACGUUCUACAGUGUUCACUACACCGUCAGGACCAUAUUAGUUAACUUGGUUCCCUGCGUGUUGCUGGUUCUUUUCAAUGUUGUUCUCAUUCACGCCAUGAACCAGGCGGCCAAACGGCGCAGUCAACUCUUAAAACAAAACAUGAGGAUGGAGAGCAAACGACUUGAAGAAAAAAAUUCAACAACGAUGAUGCUGGUGGUUGUGGUGGGCAUCUUCCUCUUGGUGGAAAUACCAUUGGCCAUUUUCCUGUUAAUUUUAGUCAUCAACAACAGCAAACUCAAGCCAUUAAUCAGCGACGCAUCCAUUGAGACUAUCUCACUCUUUCUCAACUUCCUCAUCCUCCUCAGUUACCCGCUCAAUUUCUUCAUCUACUGCCUCAUGAGUCGACAGUUCAGAAAGUCCUUCAAAAAGCUGGUCAUGUGCGACUCGUACUGCAAAAAAUUUUUUGGCAGUUUAAACUGCGUAAACUGCAGAAGGAACUCCUACAGAGAAACUGAACAACUAAAGAGGAAUGGCUCUGUGAAGAAUGCGAGCGAGUGUUACGAAACAGCGACAAACGUUGUUGAGCUGAAGAGCAUUAAAUGUAGCGAGAAGCCGUCGGGACUGUUGACCAUCGAACAGAACUCUGUCGACGUAGUGUGA